AUGACCCCAUUCCACUUGGUGUAUGGUGGAGAGGCCAUCGUCCCAGUGGAGGUCGGGAUAGAAUCCGAUCGGACCGAACACUACGACGAGAACAAUGCCGAGUGGAGGCGCUUGGAGCUGGACCUGGUGGACAAGACGCGAGCCAAGGCCGUCGUCCGGCUAAUGGCGUAUCGACAAAGAAUGAAGCAAAAUUACAACAAGCGGAUAAUUCCUAGAUCUUUUCAGGUCGGCGACCUCAUCUGGAAGAAAGUCAAGCCAGUUGGCGAUGUCACUAAGCUGGGAGCUCCUUGGGUCGGGCCCUUCAAGAUUGUAGAAAAGCUCCGGUCAUGA